CCCGAGUGAAAUGUACACACAGAUUGUUAGCAGAGGAUGUGAGAAAAUGGGGACCAUUUUGGCUCCACCACAAUGCAGCACAGUGUUCCAAAUAGAGCAAUUGAGCCAACAUGGCAAACAAACCGUUCAGUUUCAUCAUAGCGUCCACAACGACCUCCUGCUCGCAGCAGAUUGUGAAGUAUGGUCGGGGGUAUGUCGUCCUGUGCGUGUUUCAGUUUUGUAGACAAUCGUAUUGAUAGUAAAUAAGAAAGGUAAUUUAUACCUGACAUAUGUGCAAGUGUCUAUUUUUCCACAACUUGUAAUUUUUGAUCGGGCUUGUAUUUUUACUUGCUGAAAACGCAAGUUCAAUUUUUGUAUUGAUUAUAACAACUAAUCAUUACAUUACAUGCCAUGCUUUUUACCACGUCAAGGAGCGAUAUUACGUUUUUUAUAUAGGAUUACAGCUGUCGAUUACAAACAACUGACCGAUUACACUGCUGUUUUUUUCAAGUUAAACUUGGCUCGGUCAUUGCGGCAAACCGUUCAAAAAAGUAAAGCAUAGGAUUUUCUUCACAGAGAACGUGAUCCCCUCCGGAAGAAUAAACUGAUUAAACCAUAAAACAGUAAUUCAAUAAUCCAGUAUAGACAGUGUGUUAUAAUAUCUGAAUAAUCAGAGCUAGUACUAUGGUGAAUGUGGUGUUUCUGCACCCGGAUUUAGGGAUCGGCGGUGCAGAGCGGCUUGUAGUGGAUGCCGCUCUGGCACUACGUUCCAAGGGCUGUAAUGUUCAAAUAUGGACCGCACACUACGACCCUGAACACUGCUUCUCGGAGACCAAAGACCCCGACCUCCCCAUAGUCUGUGUGGGGGAUUGGCUGCCCACAAGCAUCUGUGGAUACUUCCACGCACUCUGCGCCUACAUUCGCAUGGUGUACGUCGCCCUGUACCUUAUCUUCUUCAGCGGGGUGGAGUUUGACGUUGUGUUUUGUGACCAGGUAUCGGCAUGCAUCCCUGUAAUCAGACUCACUAGGAGGAAGAAGAAAGUCCUUUUCUACUGCCACUUCCCAGACCAGCUCCUCACGGCACGCAGCUCGUUCCUCAAGAGACUCUACAGGGCUCCCAUCGACCGCCUGGAGGAGGCCACCACCGGCAUGGCGGACUGCGUGGUGGUCAACAGCCAGUUCACAGCAGGCGUCUUCAAACACACCUUCAAGUCCCUGUCCAGUGUGCACACAGACGUCCUGUACCCUUCACUGAACUUCAGCACCUUCGACACAGAACCUGCAGAGCUUGGCGGAUUGGUCCCGGCAGAGAAGAGCUCUGUGUUCCUAUCCAUCAACCGGUACGAGAGGAAGAAGAACCUGCCCCUGGCCCUGGAAGCCUUGAAGGACCUUCAGGGCAGGCUCUCCGGGAAUGAUUGGAAAAAGGUUCAUCUUGUGAUGGCUGGUGGCUAUGAUGAGAGAGUGCCGGAGAACGUGGAUCACUACAAGGAGCUCAAAGACUUAUCCACUAAGCUUGGCUUAUCGGACAGUGUAACCUUCCUGCGGUCCUUUUCUGACGAGCAGAAGGUCUCCCUCCUCCAUCACUGCACCUGUGUCCUCUACACGCCCAGCAACGAGCAUUUUGGCAUUGUCCCUGUGGAGGCCAUGUACAUGCGCUGUCCGGUCAUCGCUGUCAACUCAGGCGGCCCGCUUGAGUCCAUAGCCGACGGGGAAACUGGGUUCUUGUGCGAUCCCCAGCCAGCAUGCUUCGCUGAGGCCAUGGAGAAGUUUGUGAAGGACCCCGGCCAACGACUGGGCAUGGGGGAGGCCGGGAGAGACCGGGUUUUAAAGCUCUUUUCUUUGGAUGCAUUUUCGGAACAGCUGUACCAAUACAUCUGUAAACUGACAGAAUAAAGCACACACGGGAUAAGGUAUUUUGAAUGCAAUUUUGAAUGAUUACACGGAACCUGGAUCUUUUUCUAAUAUUUUCUAACUUGAGCUGGACUUCAAUUUAGUUUUUCUGUAUAUCCUUAGGGAACCUAAAUUUGAUGUUCUAAAAGCAAUUACUUUGAACCUCCCUAGAUGGACUACAGAGCCCCGAUAUAACUGUAGAUCAUGUACUGUAUUUGUUAAAUCCAUGCAUUCCUUGUAAUUGUUCCAAUAAAAAAAAUCCCUUUCGCUAUUGUAAUAAAAUAAACAUUGUUGCCACAUUA